AUGUCUAGACCCGGUGGCCCAACACAGGGCUCACAUAUCUCACAAGCUCGGAGGGCCGAAGGAGCCAUAGCUACCGCGACCUCUCAAAAGGCGGCACUCGAGGCUGCCAUCAAUGCCGCGGAACAUUACAUGAGGGCUUUGCACCUUGCGUCGGCAGAAGACAAAAAGAUCCUCGAUUCUAAAUGCAAGGAGCUCAUCACGCGGGCUGAAAGGAUCAAAGUUGCGGGGAACUGGCAAGCAGUUGUCCGCGCAAGAAGCAUCCCCGGUCUACGAGCUCCCGCGUCCAAUCGGAAACUCACCACCCGCGAAGAAAUUAUUAUUCUGGAGGGUGCGAAGCUGAACGGCUUUAUUUUCCCUCCAUGGAAGGGUCCUCCACUUCCCCAGGAAUUUCUGGUAGAUGAGGGUGGUCCGUUCACGGAUUCACCCGAUCUGCAUCUAUCUGAAUGCCAGCACGGUAUUUUCGCAGGAUGGAGGAGACCGACAGAUCUGCUUCGUACAAGACAAAAGACAGAUCAGUCUCAUCCGGUUCAACCUGUCAUGGCAGUAACAAAGACAACCGAUCUAGUACAAGAUGUCUUGACCGAUUGCUCCGUAGUUGCCAGUCUUUGCGCAACAACUUCCCAAUCAGAGCGUGGUCUGGGUAUGCAUGCCUCUCCAGUGGUGUAUCCAUGUGAAAGUGACACGGGAACACCCAAGUUAUCACCAUCUGGCAAAUACAUAUUUUCAUUCUACUUCAAUGGAGUCUUCCGAAGAGUUGUCAUUGAUGACCGGCUUCCGUCCUCCAACACUGCAAGAUCAUUACAUGUAAUUGAUCGCAACAACCCCAAUUUCCUGUGGCCAGCCCUGGUAGAGAAAGCCUAUCUCAAGAUCCGUGGGGGUUAUGACUUUCCUGGAAGCAACUCAGGCACAGAUCUCUGGGUACUCACCGGAUGGAUUCCCGAACAAGUCUUCCUACAUGAAGAUGAGGCUACUCCAGAUGAGAUUUGGGGGCGAGUGUACUCGCCCUUUUCCAAUGGCUAUGUCGUGUUGACCAUCGGAACUGGUAAGCUGACCGAGCUAGAGCAGCAAGGUCUAGGCCUAGUGAGCGAGCACGACUAUGCAAUUCUAGACAUGAAAGAGGUCAACGGACGACGCCAGUUCCUAUUGAAGAACCCUUGGGCGGGAGCAGAGCCGACCAUGAAGAGUACGAGCACCGCUUCGACGAACUUAACCAGUACAGCUUCUCCUCUAUCACCAGGCACAUUCUGGAUGGACUGCGAACAAGUUCUGCAGAACUUCGAGCAUCUCUAUUUGAAUUGGAAUCCGGGACAGUUCAAGUGUCGCGAGGACAUUCAUUUCACUUGGGAUCUUUCUCAAGGUCGUGUCAUUGCAGGAUGCUUUAUCAAGAACCCGCAAUUCUCAAUAUACAGUGAAACUGGCGGCAAGGUUUGGCUUCUGCUAGGGAAACAUUUCAAGACUGCCGAUCACCAAGCCUUUGAGGGCAUGGGAGGACAAGAUAGCCAUGGAUUUAUUAGCAUCUACAUAUUCCAGGCAGACGGCAAACGGGUGUCUCUCAGUGAUGGAGCGCUUCAUCGCGGACCAUAUGUUGACUCACCGAAUACUCUCAUGAGGUUAGAGAUGCCCCCAAGAACAGUCUAUACGGUGGUUGUCUCGGAACAAUCUCUGCCAUCAUCCUCUCAAAAUUUCACCCUCUCCGCGCUAUCAAUAUCUCCUGUGUCACUUGCACCCUCGAGAGACAGGUUUAUGUGUCUUAAUAAAGCAAGUGGCCUCUGGAAUGCCUUGACCGCUGGCGGCAACGCAGAGUCAGCUCGAUACUCAUCAAAUCCACAAUUCAGUCUUCAGGUUUCCGAAAGAACGGAUAUUUCCAUUCUUUUGGAAUCCAAUAGCUCUGAGCUUGCAACUCAUGUGAAAAUAUUUUGGUCCAAUGGCCAGCGCAUCUCACGAGUCCGCAGCCGUGACAUGAUCGCUGAUAGUGGGGAUUACUGUCGAGGAUGUGCUUUGGCAGAAACGAAAUCCCUCGAGAAAGGCACAUACACUGUUGUCUGCUCCACUUUUGCUCCGGACCAACUCGGCCAUUUCACACUUUGGAUUUCGUCGGAUAUUCCCUGCGUGGUACAACCGCUAGCCUCAGAAUCUGCUGGUCGCCGGGUUACCAUGUCCAAAGUCGGGAUUCUCUUUCCAGGAAAAGACCGAAUGCUGGCUUCGCUCCAGGUAUCACGCCUUACACGGAUAAAGCUGGUUGCAAGAAACAAACGCUCAGCGAUCGGUUCUAGAUCUGUCGCUCCUUCGCCGGUGUUGAUGACAGUGGAACGUGGACAGGGCCCUUACAAAGAGACUCUUGCCGUUUCGGAAGAUGGAACCCACUGCGAUGCAGCCUCGGGUGUCCGAAUCGAUGACUUUGAUCUAUCUGACUCCCAAAAAAGGGUAUGGAUAGUCAUUGAAAGAAUUGGAGGACCCGGGGGCCAAGUGGAAGACCACUUCGAGGUUGAGGCGCUUGCUGAGGAGCGCGUGGAAAUCGGCGAAUGGAUGGUGGAAGAUGCUUGA